AUGAUGCGUCAGGAUAGAAGGACUCUACUGGAGAGGAACAUCCUCAAGUUCACGACCCAAUUGAGAGUGGAUGAUAUUCUGGAGACGCUCAUCGCCAAGCAGGUCCUCAAUGCCGACGUCGGUGAUGCCAUCAAUGUGAGUCCGCGUUUUGUUUCCAUUUCUUUCACCAUUCCACUUUCAGUCAUGCCGAACGGAUCGCGACAAACGGAAAGAAGUUGUAAAAGCGGUUCAAAGACGCGGAGAUGUGGCGUUCGACGCAUUUUAUGAUGCUCUCCGUGAUACUGGACACACAGAACUUGCCGGAGUCCUCGAGCCACUCGCUAGAUGGUUUUCAUAACAGUGUGCGCAAAUUUUCGCGUCAUUUCUUUUAUUUCAGCGAUGCGAACGAUACAUCGGUGGACUAUGAAAUACCCAUGUCACCGGGAAGUCACCGACGCAGCCGAGCGCUGAGUCCCGUCGUGUACACCUCUCCGACCCGUGUUCAUCGCGACAGCAUCUCCUCCAUUUCGUCGCUCACUUCGACCUUUCAAGAUGUCUAUUCGCGAGCACGUUCCCGUUCCCGCUCUUCUCGUGCUCUCCAUUCUUCCGAUCGGCACAACUACACUUCUCCUGUUGCUGUCUUCCCGAGUCAGCCAUGUAUAAAUUGUAGUUUUUUUCGCAUAAGUAUUCUCGUUUUCCAGCAUCAGCAAACUCCUCCUUCACCGGAGGUUCCCUCGGAUACAGCGCUGGUCGCUCAUUCAGCAAAGCUUCCACCCGUGGACAGUACAUCUUCAACGAGGAUUCCAUGAACUACGUCGAUGCGCCGCACAUUACUCGGGUGUUCGACGAGAAGAUAAUGUACAGAAACUUCUCGAAUCCUCGCGGAAUGUGCCUGAUCAUCAAUAACGAACACUUCGAACAGAUGCCAACAAGGAAUGGCACGAAGGCCGACAAGGACAAUAUUACCAAUUUGUUCCGAUGCAUGGGGUACACUGUUAUGUGCAAGGACAAUUUGACAGCGAGAGUAAGAGGAACGGGAAGGCAGAGACAAUAAAACAGAAAUCAUUUUCAGGGGAUCCUUCUGGCUGUUCGGGACUUUGCCAAAUGUGAAAUGCACGGAGACUCUGCGAUCCUCGUGAUUCUGUCGCACGGAGAAGAAAAUGUGAUAAUAGGUGUCGAUGACACUUCCGUGAACGUACAGGAAAUCUACGACCUAUUGAACGCCUCCAAUGCUCCCCGCUUAGCCAAUAAACCGAAACUAGUAUUUGUGCAGGCUUGCCGAGGCGGUAAUGUAUGAAAUUUUGAUAUUUCAAAUGAAAAAUACAUUCAGAACGCAGAGAUACUGGGUUCCCGGUGCUGGAUGCCGUAGACGGAGUGUCCGCGCUCAUGCGACGAAACUGGAACAACAAUAGUCACGACGGUCCUCUGUUCAACUUUCUCGGAUGCGUCAGACCACAAGUCCAGGUUUGUUUAGGAGUUUCCCCUGGCAGACAACACACAAAUUGAACUAUCAAUCGGAUAUUCUUCAAUUAUCGCUUUCCUUCUUUCCUUCUGCCAUUCUAAAUUGGCUAAUCGGAUUGCCCUUGUGUGCAAGCGCAAUUUUUUCAGCAAGUCUGGAGAAAGAAGCCAAGUCAGGCGGACAUGCUCAUUGCCUACGCCACCACUGCUCAAUACGUGUCAUGGAGGAACAGUGCACGUGGCUCAUGGUUCAUCCAGGCCGUCUGCGAAGUGUUCUCCGAGCACGCCGGCGAUAUGGACGUCGUCGAACUUCUCACUGAAGUGAAUAAGAAAGUGGCGUGUGGAUUCCAAACGUCACAAGGAUCGAAUAUUAUGAAACAGAUGCCAGAGGUAGCGUACUUUGACACGUCUGAGCCGGAAUAUUGUCUUUUUCAGCUAACAUCACGCCUUCUGAAGAAGUUCUACUUCUGGCCGUGCCGCAACUCUUCCGUCUGA